CAACUCUCAAUUUGUACAUUUAAAAGGAUACAGCUACCAAGAAAGUGAGAAAGAGAGAGAGAGAAGCAAAAGAGAAAGCACUCCUGCCAAAAGCAAGCUUUGGAAUGAUGAAAAUGAAGAUUCUAUCAGCUCUUGUUUUGCUGAGCAUGCUGCUUGGUACUAACAUGAUGCCUUUCAGUCGACUUUCUUGUUACAAGAAAGUGCUAAAAGAUCGCAACUGUCACAGCAUCCCAGAAGGCGUGGCCAGUCUUCAAGGCAUUGAUGGAAAUCUUCAAGACCACUUCUGGGAAGGGAAAAGCUGUGAGGUGAUCUGUUACUGCAAUUUUAGUGAAUUGCUCUGCUGCCCAAAAGAUAUUUUCUUUGGACCAAAGAUCUCUUUUUUGAUCCCUUGCAACAAUCAAUUAUGAGCAUCACGUGUACCAGUGAGAAGACACACACAGGACUUCACAACAGGAGAUAAACAAUGUUGUCAUAGAAAAUCUAUUCCUUUCUACAGCAUUAGAGUGCAGAGCCUUGCUAUACCAAGUAGUAUAUGUUUCCUUUUCUGUAUAUAGAAGGAACCAUGGUUUGAAGCUUUAAUGGUAAAGCUCUCCUUUCUAACUUGGUAGCUACAUUAGCUUUCAUUAGAAGGAUUUAAGAAGGGUUCAGUAAAACCUCCUUAAUUCAUUGUGCAACCCAGACAGUCUCAAAAAAUCUGCUGUUGUCAUUCCACCUCUCAAAGAUCUAGGGUCAAAUUCUCAACUGCUAUAAGGCAGUAUAGCACCUCACUACACUGUUUUACACUCAUUGAAGCCCUUAGCAGCAGUUCACUGUACUGCAGUUUCACAUCAAUAAGUCUUCAUCACUUUAACAAAAAGUAACAUUGAAAUCGGUGGGAGCUGCUGUGCAUUCAGCACUUUUGAAAAUCAGGUCACUUAUUUAGGUGCCUAAAUAAGGUUUGAGGAUCCUAACUUUUACAUCUAUUUUUGAAAAUCUUGGUCUAAAAAGCUUGUUAAUCCCCCUGAGGUCAAUAGCAAGACUCUCACUAGCUGCCAUGGAAACAAAAUUGAACUCUAAAUUCGCAAAAUAGUUAUCCAUAAUAGGCCCUUAUUUAAACUCCUCUUUGCACUUUUGGUGUUUAGUACACAGCUGCUAUAAUGUAUAUAUUCAGUAAAACAGCUACUGGUGAUGAUCCUCAUUCAAAUACUUUGGAAGACAACAGGCCCUGAAUCAGGCCUCGUUUGAACUAUAGCGCAACUCAAUAGUAACUUAAAAUGCUAGUUCCCUAUCUUUA